AUGCAAUACAAAGAAGCGGAAUAUCUGGCGGGCUUUGAGGUUCGGGGAACAAAGAAGGCGGCUUCUCAGCAGCAGAGGCAUAUCGUGUCAUUAAACUUUCACAGCCUGAGCAACCACCCGCUCUGCAAACAGCACCACUCGCUGAUACUGGCCAGCUUUUUCAUUCUACACUGCUUGCGACAUAGUAUACACUGCGAGAAUCCCGACAUCUUCGCCGUCCUCAUUCAAUUCUUCUACCGCUUCACUCUCGCCGAAUUCAACGACCCCAUCCUCGCAGUCCUGAUCUACCAGGUCGCAGACAAAUACGACGUGCCCGGCCUCCGCAAGCUCGCUGCCAACCGCUUCGAGAAGUCUUGCGACCCCAAGAACAACUUCGAAGCCUUCGGCACUGCACUGAAGGAGAUUGAUGAGCGCACUGCACCAAACGACAAGACCCUUUGGGAAAUUGUUGUCCCGUUGGUUAAGCAGAACAUGGGGUUCCUGCUGGCGCAGAAGGAGUUCAAGAGUACUAUCAAGGAGAUCAAUGCGCUGUACUUUCGUCUGCUUGAGGAGUGGAGUCUUGAUGACUCGGGGGAGAAUGCUGCGAUUGAUCCUGCACUGUUGGCCGAUGGGGGGACUUCGUUCGUCAGCAUCGGAUGGGGUGGUGGUAGGGUUGUUGGUUGA